AUGAGCUUUGACUUUUACUUUAUCCAAUCACUACCAACAAAGAGAAAAAAACAAACGAUAUCACAGAUCAAAGAAACACGAAGAGGAGGCAGCUUGGCCACAAACCCGUCGGUCUUAAUCAACAACCUGGAAAACAACAUUAUAACAAAACAUCACAAGUUGAACAGAGCCCUUCAUCGAUGCAGCCAGCCCACCUUCAAUCGGCCUUCGUCGAUGCCACCACAAGAUCCAACGAAUCUGGAGUCCAACGGCGACAACUGCACAUGCAACUCAGUCGGUGCAAACAUUGACGAGAGCCCUCCAUUUCGCACAGAACAACAACGUCACCGGAGAUCCACCAUCAAAACUGCCACGAUCCGACCGUCUCCCCUUCAAAUCCAGAGACAACCGUAA